AUGGGGUAUGGGUGGAGGGGUGAGAAUGAAGUGGGGGGGGGGGGUGGGGUUGUGGAGGAAGUGAUGGGGGGUUUGUAUGGGGGGGUGGUGGGGGGGGUUAGGUUUGUAGGGUGGAUGUUUGGGAGUGUUUGGUGGGUGGUAGAAUUGGGGGGAUAUGAUAUAGAUUAUGAGGGGGAGGGGGGAGAAGUGGGGGGAGGUGGGGGGGAUGGUAUGUGGGUAGGGGGGGGGGUUGUGGGUUGGUUGGUUGGUAGGGGGGGGGUGGGGGGGGGGGGGGUUGGGAGGGGGGGGGGGAUGUGGGGGGGGUUGGGGGGGUGGGGUGGGGGGUGGUGUUGUUUGUUGGGUUGGGGUUUUUAUGGUGGGGGUUUGGGGUUGGUUGGUGUUGUGUUAUUUUUGGGGGUGUGUUGGGGGGGGGGGGGGUGUUUGUGGGUGGUGUGGUGGGGGUUUGGUGUGUUUGGGGGUUGGUUUUGUGUGGGGGUGUUUUGGUUUUGGGUGAUUGUGGUUGUUUGUGGGGGUGUUUUUGAGGGGGUUGGGGGGGGGGGGGGUUUGAUUUUAUUGAGUGUGUUGUGUUUUUUUGGGGUGGGGGUGUUUGUGGGGGGGUUGUUGGUGGUUGAUUGGAUUGUUGGGGUGAUUGGGUGGGGUUGGGUGGGGUAUGAUUGGGUUGGGGGGGGUGGGGGUGGGGGUGGUGGGGGGGGAGGGGGGUUUUGUGGGUGGGGUGUGGGGUUUUUGUUGGGUUGGUUUUUAGUGUGGGGGGGGGGGGGUGUUGGUUUGGUGGUUGUUGUUUUGGUUAUGGGGGGGGGGGUGGUUGGGGGUGUGUUUAUUGGUAUGGGGGGGUUUUGGGUGGGGGGGUUUGAGUGGGGUGGGUGGUUUGUGGGUGUAGUUUUGUGUGGUUGUUUUGGUGGGGGGUGGGGGUUGGGAGGGGGGAGGGGGGGGUGGGAUGUGGGGGGGGUGGUUUUGGGGGUGUGGGUUGAUGUGGUGGUUGGGGUGUAG